AUGGCUUUUCUUCUACGGCGGGCUACAAGGCCAUCGACACUACAAGGCUUCUAUAGACAUGGCACGCGAGCCAUGUCAAGCCAAUUCGGCUUCCAACCGCAAUGGAGCCCACAGCAACAGGACCAACAGACACCACGAGCAAUCUCGCUACCCAUACCUUACGUGACAGAGACCACUGGUGGAGGCUGGAAAACUUCUGACAUCUUCUCGCGUCUGCUCCAAGAGCGAAUCAUCUGCCUGAAUGGCGAGGUGGACGAUUAUAUGUCCGCCAACGCCGUCGCGCAACUCCUCUUCCUCGAAGCCGAUAACCCCGAGAAGCCUAUAUCCAUGUACAUCAACUCGCCUGGUGGCAGCGUGAGCGCCGGUCUUGCCAUCUACGAUACCAUGAACUACAUCCGCUGCCCAGUCAGCACGAUAUGCAUGGGCAUUGCAGCCUCCAUGGGGUCCUUGUUGCUCGCAGGCGGCGCAGAAGGCCAGCGAUACAUACUGCCACACGCAAGAGUCAUGAUACACCAGCCGAGUGGCGGAUACCGUGGUAAGGCAAGCGACAUUGCCGACCAUGCCAAAGAGAUCUUGAGAAUUCGAGAUAAAUUGAACAAGAUAUACCAGUCGCAUGUCACAAAGAAGAGGACAUUGGAAGAGAUCGAGAAGUACAUGGAGCGUGACUACUUCAUGGACGCGCAGGAGGCGGUAGAUUUCGGUAUAGUAGACAAGAUACUGGAGAAGAGAGAGGCUCCAUCCAACGACGAUGAGAAGAAGUAG